AUGGGCUCCGUGGUCCGCCAGAUCCGCCGGAUCCGGGAUCCGGGAGACGCGCUAGGACCAGGAGGGCUAGUCGGCGGGCUGCGCGUCCGGCCGCUAGCGGAGCUGCAGGCCACCGGCUCUCCAGAGCCGACCCCAGGAGUGAGAGAGGCAGGGACGCGCGUGAGUUCCGGCGGCCUGCACCGGGCAAACCCCUUACCUUCCCAGCAUCGGCUCAGCAACCCACGUGCAUACAGGCCGGUUAAUGUCAGUGAGUCACCUCCGCGCCUUGGCCACCGUGGAGUCCCGAGAAUCCGAAGUUCCAGACAAAUGCCCAAACUGCAUUCCUGCAUGUUCGAAAGCAUAAAUUGCAAAGCACAAAUCCAGUUAUAGAUUGUGGCCGGGCGCAGUGGCUCACGCCUGUAAUCCCAGCACUUUGAGAGGCCGAGGCGGAUGGAUCACGAGGUCAGCAGUUCCAGACCAGCAUGUCCAACAUGGUGAAGCCCCAUCUCUACUAAAAAUACAAACAUUAGCCACUCAUGGUGGCGGGCCCCUGUAAUCCCAGCUACUCCGUAGGCUGAGGCAGGAGAAUCGCUUGAACCCAGGAGGCGGAGGUGUCAGUGAUCUGAGACCGCACCAUUGCACUCCAGCCUGGGCGACAGAGCAAGACUCCGUCUCAAAAAAAAAAAAAAAAAAAAAAAAAGUUAUAGAUUGUAAGGAAAAUACCCCCAAGGAAGUUGAGGACACAGCAGAGUUGGACUGUCUCCAAACCUGUUCAUUCUUCUGAGCGCACUGCUCGGAGCAUCCUAUUGGGCAGCAUAUCCUGGCCUCGUUUCCAGUUCCAUGUGGUAAUAUACCUGAUUUCUGGCCAAUAAAAUAUGAGAGGACAUGAAAUUCAACAGCCCCUGGGCUUGGCUCAUAAAACCUUCCAUGCGAUCCUCCACACCUUUUCACCUCUCAACUGCUGAGACUUUUCUAGGCACUACACAGAAGCAGCCUGGGUCUCCAGUAGCGAAGGAGAGCAGAUCCUUCUCACUAUCCUGCACCGAACUGUGACAUGAGCAAAAAAUAAAGUUUUUAUUUUCUUA